AACCGGCGCUGGGGAGGAACGUGGAGCAGUUUGAUGCCUUAAACUUGAAGCUUGGAAGCAUUUCACAGUCACAGUCAUCGUUACCUUUCACUGGGAAGAUGCCUCCUCCAGCGGCUGAUGCCCAAACCGUGGUGAGAAAGAUGCUGAGGGACGUGCUGGCGGGUCGAGAGGAUCCAGAGGGCUUCUUUGCGAUGUGUGUGUCCGUCCUGGGGCACCAAGAGACCCGCACACAGUUCCCGUCCCUCAUCCAGCCUUUGUCCACGGCCAACAGAGCCCUGCACUCCAUCCUCACCUCCAUCUACCAGGAAUAUUUCUCCAAGACUGAAGAUGAUGAACUGGAACUUGCGUUGGCUCUCUCUCUACUGGAAAUGAAAGAUCACCAGCUGUCAACCCCCAGCCAAGAGUUACAACUUCUGCAGCCUGAAGACAGACCCAAUCAGAGCAGCUCUGUUCAGCUCAACUCAGUCUCCAAAUCUCAGGGAAGCAACUACACCCAGCCAGCAGAUGUACCUGACGUAAGAAAAAACACAGACUCAGCACAAACUGGACCCUGGAGGAAUGGGAGUCCACCGCAAACAACCAGAGAGACUGAGCUUCAGAAAAGCACACACCUUGACAAACAUAAAAAGCAGACACCUGGGCCAGGUCAGACUGUGUCGUUUUCCAAGCAAGAUGCAGUGAGAGAAGGUGAUCAAAGGAUGGGGACAGAAGAUUUGAUUCAAUCAGAGAAACCAAAGCACUCCAAGAACAGGCGGCAGCGAAGAAAAGGUGCUGGUCAGCAGCUUGUGGGCUUGCCCUGUUCUCCAUCAGCACCACCACCGGUACUACUGUGGUUCAGGAGGGAUUUGCGACUGUGUGACAACCCUGCUCUCAUGGGAUCGCUGGAGGUGGGUGCACCUGUAAUCCCAGUCUUCAUCUGGAGCCCUGAAGAGGAGGAGGGACCAGGGGUUACAGUGGCUAUGGGGGGAGCCUGUAAAUACUGGCUUCAUCAGGCUCUGUCUUGUUUUUCUUCAUCUCUGGAGCGCAUCGGCAGCCAUCUCGUCUUCCUCAAGGCAAAUGGAGAGGGGAAUGAGGUGGGAUCUUCCCUGCUGACACUUAAGGAGCUGGUAAAGGAGACCGGGGCAAGGACAGUGCUGGCUAAUGCCCUGUAUGAGCCCUGGCUGAAGGACAGGGAUGAUGUGGUGGUGUCAGCUCUGAAGAAAGACGGUGUUGAAUGCAGGAUGUUCCACUCUUACUGCCUCAGGGACCCUUAUUCUGUCAGCACAGAGGGCGUGGGACUCCGAGGAAUUGGUUCAGUGUCUCACUUCAUGAGUUGCUGUAAACAGAACCCAGCGUCUACACUAGGGGUUCCCCUGGACCCUCCAGUAUCUCUCCCCACACCUUCCCGUUGGCCACAGGGUGCGCCUUUGGAUACACUAGGCCUCGCACGCAUGCCCCGCAGGAAGGAUGGCACCACGAUUGACUGGGCAGCAAACAUCCGAAAGUCCUGGGAUUUUAGCGAAGAAGGAGCACAUGCCCGGCUAGACGCUUUUCUUCAUGAUGGUGUGUAUAGAUAUGAAAAAGAGUCUGGCAGGGCUGAUGCUCCGAACACCAGCUGCCUGUCACCCUACCUUCACUUCGGUCAGCUCAGUCCACGCUGGCUAUUAUGGGACGCCAAAGGAGCACGUUGUCGACCCCCAAAGUUCCAACGGAAACUCGCGUGGAGGGAUUUAGCUUACUGGCAGCUAACCCUGUUUCCCGACCUCCCCUGGGAAUCCCUCAGACCUCCAUACAAGGCUCUGCGGUGGAGCAGCGAUCGCGGCCACCUCAAGGCAUGGCAGCGAGGUAAAACGGGCUACCCGCUGGUGGAUGCAGCCAUGAGGCAGCUGUGGCUGACAGGCUGGAUGAACAACUACAUGAGACACGUGGUGGCAUCUUUUCUCAUCGCGUACCUCCAUCUGCCGUGGCAAGAGGGCUACCGCUGGUUCCAGGACACCCUGGUAGAUGCAGACGUUGCCAUCGACGCUAUGAUGUGGCAGAAUGGGGGCAUGUGUGGCCUGGAUCACUGGAACUUUGUUAUGCACCCCAUUGAUGCAGCAAUGACCUGUGACCCCUACGGCAGCUACGUGAGGAAAUGGUGUCCAGAACUUGCAGAUCUGCCCGAUGAGCUCAUUCACAAACCCUGGAAAUGUCCUGCGUCCAUGCUGCGCCGAGCAGGUGUGGCGUUUGGACAGACAUAUCCCGAGCGAAUCAUUACAGACCUAGAGGGGCGGAGGAAUCAGUCUCUGCAAGAUGUGGCUUUGGUGCGUAAAGAGUUUGGACAGUAUGUGGACAAGCGAUCCGGCUGUGACUUGGUGCCUUUGCCCCCACGGCUGGUGUCCGAGGCUCUGGGCUUAUCUCAUGGGGCUGUGAGGACAGAGGGGAAGCAGUUCCUGUUGCCCGUCAUCACCCGCAUGGAAUUCAAACACCAGCUAGAAGAUCCGGAUGCAGAUGCCGCAGCGAACCCCUACAAUGCCGUUCUAAAGGGCUACGUGAGCCGCAAGAGGGAUGAGACCAUUGCCUUCCUUAAUGAGAGAGACUUUACUGCCAGCGUGAUGUAUGAGGGAACACAGAGAAAGGAGAGGCUGGAGAGUGAUUAUCGCAGAAUGGAGGGGCUCCCUCUGCUUCCUUCACCUCGGGGCAGAGCCAGACGGACUCCAACAGCCAAAGACAGGUUCUCUGUAGUGCCAGGUGGAGCGGUCACUUCACUUAGGUGACCCAGAGAUCAAGGCUAAAGGUUUACAGAUUCAAACAGGUGUUAUAUGCAAAUGUACAAAAUGCUAAAGAGCAACAGUCAGCAGGUGGGUGCAAAGAUGAGCUGUGGACAUCGAAUCUACAGUGGAGCCAAGAAUUUGCAAAGAGAGAACAUUUGUGUGAAUAAAGCAAAGUUUACAGGAGGGUUGGAAAUCUCCUAAUGUUUUGUAAAGUGAGUUUUCAGCAUAAUCUCAGGUAAAAUUUUUAUUAUAUCAGUGUUGGUGAAAAGCACUGGAUCAGGGUGGUCUGUGUACAUAGUUAUGGUGCACCUUUCAUUUGUUAUUUUUGGUUUCUGGGCAACCUUUGUUGUAUUUGUGUAAUGUGUUCUCAUGUGAAACUUGAAAGGAAGCAUAUCACCUCUUCACUACUGUGUAAUACCAAAGAACUGACCGAAAUUAUGUCACACAAGAUGUCAUUUUCAAAUAUACUUCACACGUUUAUAAUAAAAACUCUAAAUGCUGUGAAAUAAACGAGAAAGUAACCAGAA